CAUUACUAUAACUUGAAUGUGGCUGAAUGAUUAGCGCUGCCUUGAGGCUUACGCACCGUGGUCAAGGGUGCUUGUUAUUUAAACUUUGGUCCUACCGAGUACUCUCCCCUCCCUCUAAUUCUCACAUCCAUUUUCCUCGGCCUGAUCCCAAUUUUUGACCGUUCGCAAUGACCAAAGACCACAGGCAGGAACCUACUCCAGAGGUCAAUGAAUCCAGAGAAGCAACUGUAACUGCUGGCGAGAGCUCGAGCCAGCACCGUAGCGGCUGCGGUCUCCGUCAGGCCCUGCGGAAAGUUAAGAAGAACGUGACUAAAAAAGUUUCUAAACGCUUCAAGCGUUCCCGCCGCCAAGUCCCCGUUGUCCAGAAUACCGAUCAUGAAAGUGCUUCGUCGAAUCAGAAUACUGAGGAUGUGUCGCAUCUGCAUCCUUCCGGUGGCGACAAGGCCGCCACAUCUGAAAAUCUCAGUGGCUGUGUAAAUCAAGGAAUGUCCGGAGAACCUGCUUCGAAGGUCCUCGACGCCCCUGCUGGCAUGGAAGAGAUUCCUGAUCCCCAAUUAGUUGAUACUGAACUUCGGGGUGCCCGCGAGGGUACGGAAAGUAUGAGACCACUCGGAGGAUGCGUCGCUUCUGUGGUAUCCAAAACCGAGGAUGGGUCAAAAGAUCUCGCUGCCGCAGACGAUUUCCAGAGCACAUAUCUUCAACCACUCAAAGUUUUUGACACUGUCAUCGAGAAUCUUGCGAAUGUACAUCCUUAUGCAAAGAUGGCGCUGGGUAUGCUGUCUGCUGCAUCCAAAAUUAUUAUCGCUCAAGCGGAACGUGACCAAUCGGUGCAAUCUCUUCUCGAGAAAUUAGAAGACGUUUACCGCUUCAUAUCACUCGAGGAUACUCUUGGCCAGAUUUCAUCCCAGCGCAUGAUCGCUGGACGAAUCGCCCAGCAGACUCUACAUUGCGCGCGUUUCAUCAGAGAAUACUCGAAGAAGAAGAGCUUUUGGAAGAGACUCAGGGAAAAUGCCGUCUCAGAGGCGGAUCAUCUGAUUGCACAGUACAACAAGACUUUGGAUCAACUUAUGCAACAAUUUCGGGACCAAGCCAUUCGUGACAUAGCUGAUCUUGUCCAGUUUACGAAUGACGAACUGGGUGAGAAACUGGAUCUCAGUGAUAUGCCUUACGCAGCAGGUGCAGGACUAGACACCACGAAACAAUGCCUACCAGAGACGCGCAGAACCAUUCUCUCGCAGAUCACUGAAUGGAUCAAGGACAGUAAAGAUACUGCCCAGCCUGUGCUGUGGUUAUCUGGCCCUGCGGGCACGGGCAAAUCAGCCAUCGCUCACACAAUCGCUAACUGGUUCAACGACUCGGGAGGGCUUGGUUCGUGUUUCUGCUUCGACAGGCGCUCUGGAGCAGACGAGCGUUAUAAAAAAGUCUUCUCCACCAUUGCUUGCGACCUUGCUGACCGUGAUCCGGAGAUCAGACGAUCAUUGGCCAAUGCAGUCGGACAUGCAAAGGCGCUCAAGAACACGCCAGAUAUCAUCCGGCAGUGGCGCAAGCUGUUUAUGGAACCGUUAAAGAAGUGUUCCUAGUCGAGCGUGGGGCCCGUUUUAAUUGUGAUCGAAGCGCUGGACGAGAGCGGCGGAGUCGAGACACGGCGUCACCUUCUUCGCAUCCUUGCUGACACACUGGAGGGCGAAGAU